AGUUCUCGACCGGCCGGAGACGACGCCGACGCCGCCGCCGCCGGGGAAGGAGAGAAUAAAAGAACGAGAAACGCACACACUGACUUAAAAAGCUCUCUGUAUAUACUAUCCCCCGCCCCCUACCUUUUCCUGGGUUCCUCUUCUUUUGUCCCCUUUCCUUCCUUUCAAUCGCGCUCGCCGUCGCUUUGCUCGGAUUCCGGAGAGAUCUUCUUGUCCCUCCACUGCCGCAAUCACUGUGCAGUGGGGAGCGAGGGUUUGCGGAUCCUCAGCGGAAUCUCCAUCGGUCGGAAGUUCUCCCGGGCGGCGAGUUAGGGUUUUGAUCACGGGGGGCGGAUUGAAAGAAGACGUAGUGCCGUAAUCGCACCUGCGACGAAAUGGGUGCCAUCUCCUCCUUUAUCCGCAGCAAUUGGCAUUACGAGCUGGACGGCACUGUGGAGGGGUCGCUCCGAACUUGAGGUUUGCUUUGAGUUGGUGAUUGACGGGCAUUGGGUUUUGAUGGGAAUGGAAGAGGAUUGCACCUACAGAAUGGCGUAGGCGGUGGAAGAAGCAGCUCAAGAAUUCAACUUUUUUGGUUCCUUCUUUUUGGGGGAAAAUUAGGGUUUUUGGCGUUUUCCCCUUUUCCAGAGCUUUGAUCCCCCCACCGGUGGAUUACUUUGUUCUGGUGACCAGGGGGAGAGGGGCAAUUCCUUUUUCAGGAGAUCGGGUCUCGUCCGCGAGCCUCAUCGGAUCUCGUGAGGCCGUUUGUAACUUAUAUUUGAAGAAUAUUCCGGAGGUAAUUCCAUAAGUGAACCCUCGUGCCAGUGUUUUCACCUGACAAGCCGGGGUAUCAGCCUUCGAUUUCGAACUGGGUCGGGGUCUAAUCUGCUCAAAUUGGUUACUUCCGGGGUGACAGGAGAACUCAUAUUGCCCGGUUGUUCAUACCUGUGGCUGCUGGAGUGUCUGAGAAGCUCAUGGGGAAGAAUUGACUUCACAUUGCAAGGAUAUGGUCCAUGAAAGAGCAUCACCACCAGCUCAUUCCCUGGGCCGGCUUUACUAGAAAGUAAAUCCCAAGCUUCUUGUUUCCGGAAUAGCUGGCAUUUUGUGCCUUCGGGUAUUGCGCAAUGUCUCGCUGCUUUCCGUUUCCUCCGCCAGGCUACGAAAGGAAGGCUAGAGCAGAUGAUAUUGACUUACUAAAGAAGGUACAAUUCAUUGGCAGUGUUUAUGUUGACCGGCUUUCCUUAUCUGCAUCUAAAAGCCAAUCUUGUGCAUCGGCGCAGAAUAAGUAUCGUGAUGACCCGACUAUUGUUUAUUAAUGGUUCUUCAUUAUUAGUCGAGAAAAAAGGAAAUGCUUCUUCUUGACUCCAUCUGAUAUUAUGUCAGUACACCUAUCUGUUAGAUCGUGAGGAUUUUUGAGAUGCUUCUGUCAGCUGAAAAGGCAUGCUUAUCACCAAAAGAUAUCGAGCUGUUAUUGAAGAUAGCCUCUGCAAUUUUAUCUUGGCAUUGUUUUUUAAAGGAGAAGCAUCGAGAGAAGAAGCGUAAGAAGGAGAAGAAAGACAGAGAGAAGCGGGAGGAUAAAGAGAAAAAGGAGAAAGAUCGAAGUGAAGGGAAGCAUAGGGACAAGAAAGACAAAAAGGAAAGGCACAAAGACAAAAAGAAGGAUAAGGAGGAGAGGGAAAGAGAUAAAGAGAAAAAUGGUGCCGCAGAUGAGAGGAGGCUAUCAGGACAGGCUGAUGGUAACAACAAGGAGAAAAAUACCGACAAGGAUAGACUAUCUUGGCACUCUGGAGGGCCCUCAGGCGAGAAAACAAUUCAGGACGCUGAGAAAGAUAAGAAUAAAAAUCAUACUUUACAUGAUAAAGGAGCUGCAGCGCAACUUGCAUCUUUUAGUGCAGAGAAGAUAACUCAGAAGAAUCAGAACAGCCAUUUCGUUGGGAAUUCCAAUGAUUCCAAGUUUGUGCAGGAGUUAGGCAAAAGGGUCAGAGAUGGUGCGGGAUUAGGGAGUCAGUUGGUUGAGAAAUUUACGGGUGUAGACCGGAAAAAGGAUGGGGGAAUGGCAGAAGCAGCGAUUCCAGAAACUGGUUCUUUGCCUGACAGGAAGGAUAAAACCCAUGAAAGGAAAGGUGAUGACCGAAAGUUGGGAGAGCGAGGAAUCAAGGAUGAGAGAAAAUUCAGUGGAAAUUCGGUGGUUCUAAACUCUGGUGCAUCUAUUCAGACAGUACCCAGGCCAGUGGAGAAAAAUGUUGACAGGAAGAUGGAAGGGAAAGAGAAGAUCAAGGAAAAGGAAGGCGAUAAUAAGGGGUGGGACAAGCGCAGUAUUGUGGACAUGCACCAGAUCAAAAUCCAAGGGAAGGACAAAGACCGGGACAGAGAGAAAAGAAAGGAGGGCAAGGCGAAAAAGAGUGAAGGCAGAAAGAAUGAACUGGAAAGACUCGGAGAAAGCAAAAAGGAUAAUGCUGAUGCUACACCUACCCCUGAUGUUAUUGCACAACAUCUGGAGAACACAAACAAGGUUACUCUUACCGGGGUAAAUCUGAAGAAAAGAAAGGACAUCGAAGCAAAUGGGUUUUUACAUGAAAAUGAAGCCAAGUUGCACAAGUUGCCAAGACCUACAUCCACCUCACAUCAUUUGAUGGAGAAUGGAAGGAUUUUGGACCCUUCCCAAACUCCCAGCAAGUUUUUAUUGGAUAGAUGGGAUUUCCCGGAUGCUCUUAAAGCAGAGAUCAAGGAGAACAAAGUAAAUGGUAUUCUUGAUACUAAGCCAGAUCCAAUCUCCACAAUUCAUCCCUUACCGGAAAAAUCUCUAGAAGAUCUAUUAGCUGAGGCAGCUGCCAGAUCACCCCAUCAUGAUUCGAAGUAUUUAGAUGAAUUACUGGCAGUUCCGAAAUUGGAGGAAUUGCCUGAGUUGGAGCGUGAUGAUGACUGGCUGUUUGCAAGCCGUCGGCAAAAACCAAAGAAGGAAGAGGGAGGAUCUUCUAAGGUAGAAGAGGAGACACCCAGGAUUUGGGACAAAGCCGUCUACUUGGAGUCUGCAGAUAUUGUCGCCCUUCCAUAUGUGGUGCCUUUCUAAUUGGCUUGUGAUGUAAAUUAUGGUUCACAAUCCUGAUUGUGGAGACACUCUUCAGGACCAGAAUUUGUGAGGUAAUUUUCUAGAAACUGGCGGUGGAGAUGGAUCUUCUAAUUUUCCUGUUGGAUUUAUCUCCAACCACAUUCUGCAGAUCUGUGCCUUUCAAGGUCUAUUCAAGGCCCAGGCAACCAUAACAUUCUGCUGAUUGAUUAUUUGCGGUACCGGGCAUUUGGCGGCACUUUCUGUACGUCUUGAAGGAACGACUAAUUCAUUCAAUGGGGAACUUCUAUAGGAGCUAAUUUGCUCAGAAAAGUGAGAUGGCGUUAGCUUUGGGCAUUCGAUUCGCUUACAGGUUGGAGGUGUUGUUAGUUGAGAUGUAAGAGAAACUAGAGCUUGUGGUCUUUGCAACUCCACCACAAUUUUGGUUUGUAACAUAGAAACUGUUUAUUUACAGAUGUAAGAUAGAAGGGAAAUGAUAAGGAAGAAGCGCAAUUCAUUCAUUUAGUAGGCUUCUCAUUCUUUCAGAUAAAACUCCGAACUCUUACUGUAGUUGGUCAUUUAAGAGCUUCAGUAUAUAAUGUGCCCUUUGAAAUGA